UUCCAACUAUUUCCAAGUCGUUUACCACUGGACACAUGCAUCCUUAUUUUCUGCCCGGUUUCGAAGCCGUCUUCCGCUGUCGGACCUCCGGCUACCGCCGUUAACAAUGGCGGAUGAUAAUUCUAGCCUUCUAGGGUUUCUUCUGGUACAUAAACUCGAUCUCUUGCCUUCCAAUUGAUCUCACACGCAUACGUAGGCGUUCGCGAGCCCCUUCACCUUAACAAAUUGAUCAAUGGGUCGUUCUCGCGGAGUUUUUCAUUCGGCCGACGACGACCCCACCCAGAGGUCGAGGAGGAAAAAGAGUGCCUCUACUGGGGAAAAUUUAGAGUCUGCAAGUGCAGGUCAAGGAACAGGUGAGAAAAGGGCUUACCAUUGCAAUUAUUGCAACAAGGACAUUACAGGGAAAAUUCGUAUCAAAUGUGCUGUCUGUUCUGAUUUUGACCUGUGUAUAGAGUGCUUUUCUGUUGGAGCUGAGGUGACACCACAUAAAAGUGAUCACCGUUAUAGGGUUAUGGAUAAUUUAUCUUUCCCAUUAAUUUGUCCAGACUGGAAUGCAGAUGAUGAAAUACUGCUGCUAGAGGGAAUUGAAAUGUAUGGUUUGGGGAACUGGGCAGAAGUUGCUGAACAUGUUGGGACAAAGAGUAAAGAACAUUGCAUUGACCACUAUACGAAUGUAUAUUUGAACUCCCCUUACUUUCCUCUUCCGGAUAUGUCUCAUGUUGCUGGGAAAAACAGAAAAGAGCUUUUUGCAAUGGCUAAAGGACAGGGUGAGGACAAAAAAGGCUUCUCUCUGCCGGGGGAGCUUACUUUGAAGGAAGAAUCUCUUUCUCCUUCGAGAGUCAAAAUUGAAGAUUCAAAUAAAGGUGGUUCAUUGGGCCAGUUACUAUCCAGUUCAAAUGCAGAUCUACAAACAGACCAGGGAUUCAAAGGGAAGAGGCCUAGUGCUUCAGGAAAUGAAGGUCCUUUGAUUGAUUUAAGUGGUUAUAACCCUAAAAGGCAAGAGUUUGAUCCUGAAUAUGACAAUGAUGCGGAACAAUUACUGGCUGAGAUGGACUUUAAGGAAACUGACACUGAAGAAGAGCGUGCGCUGAAACUGCGAGUGCUGCGUAUUUAUUCAAAGAGGCUUGAUGAGAGGAAGCGGCGGAAGGAUUUUAUAUUAGAAAGGAAUUUGCUUUAUUCAAAUCUUAUUGAGGAGGAUUGUUCACUUGAAGAGAAGGAGGUAUAUCGGCAUUUUGAUGUCUUCAUGCGCUUUCAUUCGAAGGAGGAGCACAAAGAAUUCCUUCAGAGUAUUAUUACAGAACAUCGGAUUCAGAAAAGAAUUAAAGAACUUAAGGAAGCUCGAUCUGCUGGUUGCCGAUCACCAGCUGGGGCAGACAGAUAUAUUGAAAUUAAAAGAAAGAGGGAAGCUGAAGAAAGUGCUCGCAGAGUAAGAGAAAGUAAUCAGCUUGGCCCAAGCAGUCAGGGAGGUGUAAAUGUGAGCGUGGUUUCAGAAUCUGUCGGCAAGGAAAUUGAGGAUUCUGUUUCAGGAGCUGCAGGACAAGUUUCUUCAGGUUCUGUAAAUGGUCUGGAUAUAAUGGAAUUCCCUGGAGUCGAUUUACUUUCUGAAACUGAGAAACGGCUAUGCCGUGAUGUCAGGUUACCCCCAUCCUAUUAUCUGAAGAUGCAAGAAAUAAUUUCAAUAGAAAUCUUCAGUGGAAAUGUCACCAAGAAAGCCGAUGCCCAUUGCUUAUUUAAAGUUGAACCAAGUAAAGUUGAUAGGGUUUAUGAAAUGCUUGUUAAAAAGGGCAUUGCCCCACCCUAAGGGCAAUUCCCAUCCAUCACCACUCUAUUUUCUACGCCUCAGUUGUAUUCUCACACCCUGUAUUAUCUAUUUCAUUUUUCCCAGAAUGUGAAAAAUGAAAUUAUAUGGAUAUUGAAAUAGGGAUUGGGGCUUAUGAUAUUGUGAACAACGAGCGCGUCUUGCUCCAAAAUAUGUAUCAGUAUAUUACAAAUUUUUCAGUCUAUAUUGAAUAAGCUAUUUUAAACUGUCA